AUGAACGAGGACGUUAACAGCGUCAGUCCUACGUUAGGAUUUAUCAUCAAGACCAUCGACCACAACGGGUAUAAACUGAACAUCUGGGACGUUGGUGGUCAGAAGACUCUUCGUUCGUACUGGAAGAACUAUUUCGAAAAGACUGAUGCUUUACUAUGGGUCGUGGAUGCCACGGACAGGCUUCGCAUCGAGGACUGUCGUGAUGAGUUGCACAAUCUGUUGCAAGAAGAGAGGCUGUCUGGGGCAACACUGCUUGUGUUUGCUAACAAAACAGACGUCAACGGCUGUAUGGAUGAAGCAGAAAUCCUCAAGGGGCUUCAACUAGAUGCAAUCAAGACUCACAAAUGGCACAUAAUGCAGUGCAGCGCUAUCACCGGAAAGAAUUUGGAUGAAGGGCUGGAAUGGGUGGUGCAAGAUGCCAAAGAAAGACUGUUUCUGUAUUGA